AUGGAGCCAACUUCCAGGGACCCGUCUAAGGGAACCAGCGCAAUGGAGCCAACUUCCAGGGACCCGUCUAAGGGAACCAGCGCAAUGGAGCCAACUCUCAGGGACCCGUCUAAGGGAACCAGUGCAAUGGAGCCAACUCUCAGGGACCCGUCUAAGGGAACCAGCGCAAUGGAGCCAACUCUCAGGGACCCGUCUAAGGGAACCAGCGCAAUGGAGCCAACUCUCAGGGACCCGUCUAAGGGAACCAGCGCAAUGGAGCCAACUCUCAGGGACCCGUCUAAGGGAACCAGCGCAAUGGAGCCAACUUCCAGGGACCCGUCUAAGGGAACCAGCGCAAUGGAGCCAACUCUCAGGGACCCGUCUAAGGGAACCAGCGCAAUGGAGCCAACUCUCAGGGACCCGUCUAAGGGAACCAGCGCAAUGGAGCCAACUUUUAGGGGCCUGUCUAAGGGAACCAGCGCAAUGGAGCCAACUCUCAGGGACCCGUCUAAGGGAACCAGCGCAAUAGAACCAACUUUUAGGGGCCUCUCUAAGGGAACCAGCGCAAUGGACCCAACUCUCAGGGACUCGUCUAAGGGAACUAGCGCAAUGGAGCCAACUUUUAGGGGCCUGUCUAAGGGAACCAGCGCAAUGGAGCCAACUCUCAGGGACCCGUCUAAGAGAACCUAUGUCUGGAACUAG